CAGUCAAAAUCCCGCACGAUUUCCGACGAUUUGAUUAUAACGUGUGGACGGACGGUGUGCGAAAAUUGUUGUUUUUUUUUUGUUCCUUUUAAUAUAAUAUUGUUUUUAAUUUUAUACAUUUUUUUAUUUUGUUAGUUUAUUAACCGUUACUAAUAACGCCCGACACCGUCGUGUAACGAUCUCACGGUGCAGAUUUAAAUGAUAGUUUAAAAAAGGAUUCGCAUCGGAUACACUGAAUACGAUGGCUUCUCUAUUUUAUACAGUAACGGCUCACAAAGCCACUGCUGUGUGCACAAGUAUUUCUGGAAAUUUCACGUCACCGACGGAUCGUAAUUUGAUUGUCGCAAGAUUCAAUCGGAUUGAAAUAUAUUUAGUCACCGAAGAAGGCUUGCAGCCAAUCAAAGAGAUAGCGCUGUAUGGAAAAAUUGAAAUCAUGAAACUAUUCAGACAAAAACAAAUGAAGAAAGACUUAUUGUUUGUAGUGACGGCUCGGUUCAAUACUAUGAUAUUAGAAUGUAAUCAAGUUAACGGUAACAUUGAAAUUAUUACUAAAGCACAUGGCAACAUAUCUGACAAUGUUGGCAAGAUAUCAGAAGUUGGAAUUAUGGCCGUUAUUGAUCCUAGUGCCAGAGUGAUUGGUCUUAAAAUAUAUGAUGGCUUAUUUAAGAUUAUACCUCUGGAUAAGGAAGGGGAAUUGAAGGCUUAUUGUUUAAGAAUGGACGAAGUAGAAGUACAAGACAUUGAUUUUUUGUACGGAUGCGCAAAUCCGACUAUUCUAGUUAUUCAUCAAGAUACCAUGGGGCGUCAUAUUAAAGCUAAAGAAUUGUCUAUAAAAGACAAGGAAUUUGUUAAGACUCCUUGGAAACAAGAAAAUGUAGAAACAGAGGCUUCGAUAAUUAUACCCGUUCCAGAACCUCUUUGUGGUGCCAUCGUUAUUGGUAGAGAGUCGGUACUUUAUCAUAACGGUUCAUUUUUCAUUGCUAUUUCUCCACCAGUUAUAAAGCAAAGUACAAUUAUAUGCUAUACAAGAGUGGAUCCAGAAGGAACUCGAUAUCUACUUGGAGAUAUGGCUGGCCAUUUAUUCAUGUUAUUGUUGAACUACGAAAGGAAUUCGGAUGGAACGUUCAAAAUUAGAGAUCCAAAAGUCGAUUUAUUAGGAGAGAUAAGUAUACCAGAGUCCCUUACUUAUCUCGACAACAAGGUGAUUUAUGUAGCAUCGCGGGUCGGUGACUCUCAGCUCAUCAGACUUAAUAACAAACCCGAUCAAUAUGGUUCAUACAUUACCGUACUGGAUACCUUCAUGAAUUUAGGACCAAUUCUCGAUAUGUGUGUAAUCGAUUUGGAACGACAGGGUCAGGGGCAAGUUGUCACAUGUUCGGGAGCGUAUAAAGAAGGAUCGCUUCGAAUAAUACGCAAUGGAAUCGGUAUUCAGGAAGUUGCCACAAUUGAUUUAGUUGGAAUCAAAGGAAUGUGGCCUCUGAGUGUGGCUUUAAAUAGUCAUCUUGAUGACACUCUGGUUUUAUCGUUUGUCGGUCAUAGUAGAGUAUUGGCAUACAACGGAGACGAGGUCGAAGAGGUAGAUUUGGAAGGGUUCCAGUCCGAUUUGCAAACGUUCUAUUGUGGCAACACGGCCGAUAAUAAAAUGGUCCAGAUAACGUCGAACAGUGUUCGAUUGAUAUGUUUGCAAUCCAAAAAGUUAGUGAGCGAAUGGACCGUGCCCGCUGCCAAAAGUAUAAACGUAGUGUCAUGUAAUAACCAACAAGCGAUUUGCGCCACUGGCAAUAGCUUAUACUACAUAGAAAUAGAUACAGAUAAAGUUGUUCAAAAUGGAUUUAUUACACUAGAACAUGAAGUAUCUUGUCUCGAUGUUUGUUCAUUCAAAGAUGAAUUUGGCAAAACCAAUAGUUUGGUGGCCGUCGGUUUGUGGAUGGACAUAUCAGUUAAAAUACUCCAACUGCCUGACUUUACAGAACUUGUUAGAGAACCUCUUGGAGAAGAAAUAAUUCCUCGUUCAAUAUUGAUGGUGACUUAUGAAAAUAUACACUAUUUACUAUGUGCAUUGGGUGAUGGAAGUUUAUGCUAUUUUCACUUGAAUCCAGAAACAGGAAUUCUAAGCGAUAAGAGAAAAGUAAAUCUUGGUACUCAACCUACACUGAUAAAAAAAUUCCAAUCGCUUUCAACUACGAGUGUUUUUGCGUGUUCAGACCAUCCAACGGUAAUAUAUUCAUCAAAUAAUAAGUUAAUUUUCUCGAAUGUUAAUCUACGGAAAGUCAACCACAUGUGUUCGCUAAAUACUAAAAGUUAUCCAGACAGUUUGGCCAUGGCUACAGAUUCAUCAAUUAUAAUCGGAACAAUAGAUGAAAUGCAAAAAUUACAUAUACGCACUAUACCACUGGGAGAAGCGCCUCGGCGAAUCGCACAUCAAGAGAACAGCAAAUCAUUUGGUGUGAUAACAAUGAGAAUCGACGUCCACGAAGGAAUCAAUUUGGUUCCCGCUAGACCCAGUGCCAGUACUAACGCUCAAAAUGUUUCGGGUGCCGUCAGUAAUCGUAUUCCCAGUAAUUCGUCGACGGCAAAUAGCAAUCAGGGAUCACUCAAUAUAGGAAACAGUGAAUACGGCCUUGAAGUGGAAAUACAUAAUAUGUUGAUACUCGAUCAAAACACAUUCGAAGUAUUACAUGCUCAUCAGUUGAACACCAAUGAAUACGCAUUGAGUAUUAUAUCCGCCAAGCUGGGAGAUGAUCCGACGACGUAUUACAUCCUGGGAACGGCCGUGGUGAAUCCAGAAGACCAGGAUCCGAAAUUAGGACGUAUUCUUAUAUUCCAGUGGGACGAUUCGUCGUCGAAAUUGACCCAAAUAACUGAAAAAGAAGUUAAAGGAGCCUGCUACGCCAUGGCCGAGUUUAACGGUAAACUCUUAGCCGCAGUUAAUUGUACGGUGCGCCUUUUUGAGUGGACUGCCGAUAAAGAGUUGAGACUUGAAUGUAGCCAUUUCAACAACAUUGUCGCAUUAUUUGUAAAAACCAAAGGCGACUUUAUCAUUUGUGGAGAUUUGAUGCGAUCGCUGACAUUGUUGCAGUACAAAGCCAUGGAAGGCAGUUUCGAAGAGAUUGCCAGAGAUUAUUGUCCCAAAUGGUCUACGGCCAUAGAGAUCAUCGACGACGAUAUUUUCAUUGGAGCUGAAAACGAAAAAAACUUAUUUAUUAUUCAAAAAGACAGCACGUUAACUAGUGACGAGGACAGACAUCAACUUCAAGAAAUCGGACAAUUCCAUUUGGGCGAUUUAGUGAAUGUUUUCCGGCACGGUUCGUUAGUCAUGCAACAUUUCACGGACACGUAUGUUUCGACGCAAGGGGGAAUUCUUUAUGGCACGUGUAGUGGUGCAUUAGGUUUAGUUACACAGUUGAGCCCGAAAAUGUUUGAGUUCCUAACAGACUUACAAGAUAGUUUAGCUAAUGUAAUCAAAGGAGUAGGCAAAAUCACACAUAGGAAUUGGCGCAGUUAUCAUACGGAGAUAAGAACUGAACUAGCCGAAGGAUUUGUCGAUGGCGAUUUAAUUGAGAGUUUCUUAGAUUUACCAAAAUCUGAAAUGAGUGCUGUCAUCGAAGGACUAAAGGGUUCAUACGAUUGUCAGUUUAGGAAAGUUACAAAAGACGCCAACCUCAUCCUAAGCGACGUCAUUAAACUCGUUGAAGAUUUGACCAGGAUACAUUAAAAUUUAUUUUUAUAUUUAUUCGCGUGUCUAAAUGAUAAAUUUAAUAUUUAAAAGCAUUUUGUUUGCUUGUUUGUAAAUUGUAUAUAUUUUACGUUUUAAAACUCCGUUCUAUUCAUCUAUUUGAAUAAUAAUAGUUAUUUAAUUAAACGUAUUUUAUUGUUGUAAA